AUGACAGGGAAGGAAGGGGCCGUAUUAUCAGAAAGUCUAAACAAACCCAAAACUGCAUCGCCCGCUCAGAAUGAGGGGACUAACCACCAGCCCAAGACCAAUUCUGCCCACCCUCCCAGGUGUACAGGAUUUGGGAUCCAAGAAAUAUUGGGGUUGAAUAAAGAACCCGCCUCCGUCCCCAGGACCGUCCUGGAGUCCCUGCCGCCUGGGGCUCACCUGCUGGCGGCCAGGUCGGUGCUGAGCCCCACUGGGGCGGGGAUGGGGAUGGGAUUAAUCGGAGCUGGAGGUAUCCCCGCUUUUUACAGCCAGCCUGCUUUUUUGGAAGUCCUGUCAGACCAGCAAAAUAUCCACCUACAGUCUUUGAAUAGGACAGCUCCUUUGAACGCCAGCCAGACAGCCAGUUCAGAUUCAGAAGAUGUUUCCUCGAAUGAAAGAAAACUGUCUAGAUCUACUGUGGGUCAGAGCAAGAAAAGAAAGAAGAGGCGACACAGAACCAUUUUCACCUCUUAUCAACUGGAGGAGUUAGAAAAAGCCUUCAACGAAGCUCACUACCCCGACGUGUAUGCCAGGGAGAUGUUAGCAAUGAAAACAGAACUACCUGAAGACCGGAUCCAGGUCUGGUUCCAGAACCGGCGUGCCAAGUGGAGGAAGCGGGAGAAGUGCUGGGGGCGCAGCAGCGUGAUGGCUGAGUACGGGCUGUAUGGAGCCAUGGUGCGACACUCAAUCCCGCUGCCCGAAUCCAUCCUCAAGUCUGCCAAGGACGGCGUCAUGGACUCCUGCGCACCCUGGCUGCUUGGAAUGCACAAAAAGUCGAUGGAGACGGUGGAGACCCCUCCCGCAGGGAAAGCCGAAGAGGCUCCACGGCCAACCAAUCCGAAACAGGAGGAGCGGGAGGUGGAGGAGAGGAGGACAGACACCAAGUCACCCAUUUCCAAAGAGGAACUGCGGGAGAACAGCAUCGCUGCACUCAGGGCAAAAGCACAGGAGCACAGCGCUAAAGUGCUGGGGACUGUUUCAAGUGAUGCACCAGGGCGCAAAAUGGAGACAGAGGAAGCAGAGGAGAAAAGCAGAGAUCAGUUAAAUCCACUAGAAGAGGAAUAAAUGUUACCUUUUUAUAAAAAAAAUACUUUUAGUUCUUAAAGGCUUAUCUUUUAGAACCUGGCAGUAUUUGAAAUCUAACUUUGUUAUCAGACUCAUAAAAACUCUAUGUGCUUGCUUUGACUUCAAUAUGAUAUCAUUUUUGAUUUUUAUAGUCACUUCAUUUAUUUCCCUCUCCAGUUUACUUCACUGUUGAUUCAGUCCAGCUGGUAUGUUUCAGUAACUCAAUAUUGUGGAGUAGAGGUGUGAGGAAAACACAGAUUUGAUCUUCCCUUUAAGAGAAAAUGUGAUAUUUUAACAUGCCUCUAGGUGGUGCCAAUUGGUCAUUUUUUUUAAAGGGGAGGCAACUUUAGCCACAGUAUUCAGUUUCUUGCACAUCCUUGCAGUGGGGUAUUGACCGCUUUAUUUUGCACUUAUUUGAUUGGUUAAUUUCAAACUCAGGCCAUUGAGACAAAAAAAAAGUAAUUCAGGUGCCUCCUUUAAAUGCAAAAUACUCCACAGUAGUUCACGUUAACAUUGUUAUACACAUUGCGAAAUUUAGAUAAAACAUCUGAAUUUGGAAAACAACUUGAUUUAAACAACUGUUGUUUAUUAACCAAACAAUCUGGAAACUGAAAGACAGCAAUCUUUUACUUUUUCACGUUCUUAUUCUUAAUGUAGUGAUGACAAGAAUUAUAAAGAGAUGACUUCUCAUAAGUAGCAGAUACGUAGAUAUCUGCACAUUCUAAUAUUCAAGGAUAUCGAUUUGGAGUAUUUGUAUUGAUAAGAUAUGUAUUCCCUGGGAGCUUUGCAGCUAUACAAACAGAUUGAGCUACACCCAGCUUCUUCACUGCAGCGGCAGGAAGUUCGCUCACCCAGCGAUGCUAACCCCUACUUUAGCAGGAGCUCUACAAACGCACAGCUGGAAUACUGGAUAGAUGUUUGUGCACAAGCGUUUAAGUUCAGAAAUAAAAUGUUACAGAACCAACAGCACACAGUUUUGAACUACAGGGAGAAUAGAAAACAUUAUCGUCUUGGCUACAGUCGUAGCGCUUGACAACGAAUGAAUUAGUCGUUUUCAUCACUGUCAGCCUCUCCUCUAAAGAGCACUUAUAAAUAUCGUUAGGAGUGCUUCUCAGGGGUCCUUCCCUCCACUCUCCCUAUCUCCUCGCUUCAUUGUCAUGAACAGUAGUUACCUAGCAGUGUUAGAAUGUAAAUAUUGUAAAUAAAUAAA